AUGAUUUUUCAUCGAAUUGUCAGUUUUUGUGCUCGUCAAAGUAGAACUGCUGUUUCUAUAAAUCUUCCUCGUUUCAUCCCAGUGCGUAAAGUUAGUUCUGCCAAAUCUUUAAACGAAGAAUUCCAGAUACAAUAUUUGGACGGUGAGAAUGAAGGGAUUGCUGUUUUUGCUAUGUGCCGACCAAAAGCUAAAAAUGCCUUUAGCAAAAAAAUGGUCCAAUCAUUUGCAGAAGCUGUGGAAGUUAUCAAGUUUGACAAGCAAAUACGAACUCUGAUUGUGAGAAGUGCAGUUCCUGGAAUAUUUUGUGCAGGAGCCGAUUUAAAAGAAAGAGUAACCAUGUCACCAGAGGAAGUUGGUCCAUUUGUAUCAAGUUUGCGGUCAAUGGUGACAGAAAUUCAUCACCUUCCCAUGCCCACAAUUGCUGCUAUGGAUGGAGCUGCUCUUGGAGGAGGCUUAGAACUAGCCCUUGCCUGUGAUAUGAGAAUUGCUUCUACAAAUGCCAAAAUGGGGCUUGUUGAAACACGACUGGCAAUUAUCCCUGGAGGAGGUGGCACUCAGCGUUUGCCCAGAAUUGUUGGCCCAUCCAUAGCUAAAGAGUUAAUUUUCACAGCACGUGUCAUUGAUGGUGCACAGGCUGGAAAAAUCGGACUUGUAAACCAUGCAGUUGAACAAAAUGAAACUGGAGAUGCUGCUUACCUGAGAGCUGAGGAACUUGCUCGAGAGAUUGCUUCACAGGGUCCAGUGGCACUGAGGAUGGCAAAAGUUGCUAUCAAUCGAGGAAUUGAAGUUGAUCUUGAUUCAGGAUCCAAAUUUGAAGAAGCAUUUUAUGCACAGAUUAUACCCACAAAGGAUAGAUUGGAAGGCUUGAGAGCAUUUAAAGAGAAGCGCCCCCCAAAGUACAUUGGGGAGUAA